AUGCCUUCUAAUAAUGAUAAACUUGCGGUGGAUUAUGAUGAGAAUAAGGUUACUGGUGGAGCUAAGGGUGAGGGUGAAAAAAAACCUGAUGAUAUAGUUGAUAUAGUAGAACCUACUAUUAUUAAUAAUUCAACUAUUAUUAAUAAUUCAACUAUUGUUAGUAAAGCUCAUUCUGACUUGGCUGUUGCAAUAUCAAAUAUUACAACUGUUUCAAGAGUUGGCUUAGACAUUGCUAGUUUCGUAUCACAAUUGGCUUUGGGAACUGCCAAAAUAUCUACUAGUUUAGGUUUAGAUAUUGCGAGAACUAUGACCGGUGUCGUAUCUGAUAGAAUUAUACAAGCUACAAAGGAUGGAAAUGGAGGAAUAAUUGAUACCUCAACGACAUUAUUGCACCGCACACUAUCUUUAACUGAACAAAUUGCCCUAGCCGGUCUAGAAUUCACUUCCGAAACGGUGCAACUUGCUUUAGGAACUGCUUCUGAAAGCAUGUAUCUAAUAGAUACUUUAUUUGGUACUACUGAUGCUGCAAAAGCUUUAGCUGAAUUCGUACAACUUGUUAAACUUGUAAAAGCUCUUACUGCUUGGACUUGUUUACAAUAUGUUACAAGUGAAUCUUUUGAAAGGGAAACUGGUGGUUGGAAAAAAGUUAAAUUGGUGGGUUUAUGGGACAUUUGUAAUGAUUGGGUUCAUGUAGAUCCUGAUGAUUCUUUAUAUGAUGAAGUUGAAGCUGUUUGUUUUGAAGAUGAAGAAGAUGAAGUUGUUGUUAUAGGUCAAAGUAAACCUAAUAAUUUAGUUGUUGGUGAAUUAACUCCACGUGAUGAAAUAUCGGAAUUUAAAUUCUCUAUAACUGAAGAUCAAACUAAAAGAUUAAGUGAUCUUUUUUUAGAGACUACAAAAAAAUAUAGUAAUCCUUAUCUUAGAGAACAUGAAACUCAAACUAAAAAUGAAAAAUUAUUUUCACUUUUACAUAAUCUUAAAAGAUAUUCUAAAUUCUCUUCUUCUGCUUACGAUUUUAGAAAUGCUAUAUUUGGUCGAAUACCUUUACCUGUUGCUCGUUCAAAAGAAAAAGGUCGUUUACAUCGUUUUAAUUUUGCUCGUUCUGCUGAAUUAUCUUCUGAUUCUAUUGUAGAUUCUUCAUUUCAUAAAAUUGUAAAAAAUAGUGGUUCUUAUCAACCUACUUAUUUCUUAAUUCGUGAUCAUUCUACAAGAUCAAUUAUUUUAGCUUUACGUGGAACAAUGUCUAUUCAUGAUUUAAUUGUAGAUUUAACUUGUGAAUAUGAAGAUUUUCAAUUUCCUGAAGAUAUUCAACGUUGUGAUUCAACAAAAUAUCAAAUUCAUAAAGGAAUGUUAAAAGUUGCUAAAGCUAUGGCUACUCCUGGACAAUCGGGUGUUUUUGAAGCUCUUAAAAGAGAAAUGGAAGCUAAUGAUGGUUAUGGUUUGGUUUUAGUUGGACAUUCACUUGGUGCUGCCCUUCUCUUUGCUUCACCAACAAAUUGUAUGACUACACGAUGGAGUCGUUUACCACUUGGUCGUAAUGUUCAUGCAUACGCAUUUGCUACUCCAUGUGUAAUGUCUGCUGCCCUUUCAAGACGUGUAAAACCAUUAGUUACAUCUGUAGCAUAUGGUAAUGAUGUAGUUUGUCGUUUAAGUCUUGGUCAUGUAUUAGAUUUACGUAAUAUGGUUAGAUUUCUUGGUAAAAAUCAAUCAAAAUCUGGUGAAGCUGGAGAAGAAACUGCAAGUAAAAUUAUUAAAAAAUUUAUCGAUUAUCAAAGUAGAACUUUUGGUGAUGAUGAACGAGGAAAAGAAUCAAAAAAAGAAUUUGAAAAUUGGUUUAAAAAAGUUAGAAAUGAUUGUUAUGAUCAUAUGCAAAAUCCUAAACUUUAUCCAUCAGGUAAUGUUUAUUGGAUUGUAAAUGAAGAUUUAGAAUGUGAAAAUUCUUAUCUUGAUGAUAAACCUAAUAAACAAUACAAUAUGUUGAAUGUUGAUGUUGAAAAAAUAUUUCAGGAAGUUUGGUUUUCUCCACGUAUGAUGAUGGACCAUCUUCCUCAUAUAUAUG